AUGGAAUUCGACAAGUUGCUCAAACUCAUGGUGGAGAAAGGUGCUUCGGACCUGUUUAUCACCGCUGGUAAGCCGCCGAUGGUGAAAGUGAACGGCAAACUCUAUGCAGCGGGUAAGUCAUCUUUGUCGCCGGAGCAAUCCAAAGAGCUGGUCUAUGGGGUUAUGAAUCCCGAGCAGCAGGCGACAUUUGAUAAAGAACAUGAAUGUAACUUUGCGAUUAAUACGCGGGGCUUAGGUCGGUUCCGGGUCAGUUCGUUUUUCCAGCGCAAUCUCGUGGGCAUGGUGCUCAGACGGAUCGAGGUGAAUAUUCCGCGGGUAUCGGACCUGGGAUUACCACCCAUCAUCGAAGAUCUGGCGAUGACCAAGCGCGGACUGAUCAUUUUUGUCGGUGCAACCGGCACGGGUAAAUCAACUUCGCUUGCGUCCAUGAUUGGACAUCGCAACGAAAAUUCCAGUGGUCACAUCAUCAGUAUCGAAGACCCUAUUGAAUUUGUGCACCAGCAUAAAGGCUGCAUUGUGACCCAGCGCGAAGUUGGGGUGGAUACAGAUUCUUUCGAAAUUGCUCUGAAAAACACUCUGCGCCAGGCGCCAGAUGUCAUCAUGAUCGGUGAGGUACGUUCCCGGGAAACCAUGGAGCAUGCGUUGACCUUUGCCGAAACCGGCCAUUUGUGUCUGUGUACUCUGCACGCCAACAACGCGAACCAGGCAUUGGAUCGGAUCAUCCACUUUUUUCCCAGUGACCGUCACAGCCAGAUCUGGAUGGACCUGUCGUUAAAUCUCAAAGCCAUGGUUGCGCAGCAGUUGGUGACAACCGUAGAUGGUCAGGGGCGUCGUGCCGCCAUUGAGAUUCUUAUUAAUACGCCUUUGAUGGCUGAUCAUAUCCGCAAAGGUGAAGUACAUCUGCUUAAAGAGCUGAUGACUAACUCGACGCAGCAAGGCAUGCAGACCUUUGACCAGGCAUUGUACAAACUGUAUGCAGAGGGUGAGAUCACCUACGAUUCGGCAAUUGCCAGUGCCGACUCGCCGAACGAUUUACGUCUGAUGAUCAAGCUGGGUGCGGAUUCGAAAAGUAAUCCCAUGGAAGGUGUCGAUCAUCUGUCUAUCGAGGCAGACGAGGACGAAGCUGCGUUCAGUUUCCGGCGGUAA